AUGGCUUCUCUUAACACUUCUGUCAACGGACCCUCCAUCUCCAAAAGCUAUCAGUCUGUCGUCAAUGCUCCUCCCCCGUCUGGCCCCGCCGCAGCGUCGCCAACCUACGGUCAAUGGGUUGUUUACUCUGUAUCCGCUCCUCUAGCCAAUGCUUUCCAGCAUGAUUCGGGCAGCAAGGAAAGCGUUCUGAAAGUGCAGAGUACAGGAGAAGGAGAGCUCCUUGACCUAGUGGACGAGUUCUCCGAUGGCAGAAUUCAGUUCGCAUUCGUCAAGGUCAAGGACUCCAAUACCGGAUUGCCAAAGAAUGCCCUCAUUGCCUGGUGCGGCGAGGGAGUUCCGGAGAGAACAAAGGGAUACUUCACGAGCCAUAUGACGACGGUUGCGAAACUGCUGCACGGCUAUCAUGUGCAGAUAACUGCCAGAUCCGACCAAGACCUCACCCCCGAGGGAAUCAUUCAGAAGGUUGCCGAUGCGUCAGGCUCCAAAUAUUCCUCGAGCAGUGCCGCUCCGCCACCUGUUGCCGCCGCCACCAAGCCGACCGUCGCGUCGAAACCCGUGUUUACACCUACUCAAAGCACGGGAGCAGGAGGCGGAUACAACCCUUUGGCUCGCAAUGCUGUCCCAAAGAAAGCCGAUGUGGAUGAGGACGGUUGGGGUACAGAUGCUCCUCCUGUGACUCGAACACAUUUAGAAAAAGUGCAGUCAGCCUAUCAGCCUACAAAGGUCAAUAUGAGAGAUCUUACAUCCGCGAAGCCUGCUCCAUCGGCUUUUGGUGGCAGUCAAUCGGAGGAUCGGGCCGAUGUGGUGAAGGGUGCGUAUCAGCCAGUUGGCAAAGUUGAUAUUGCAGCAAUUCGACGCCAGGCUAGGGAAUCGGGACCAGGAAAAGAUGAUAGGCCCGAUCCUGUCAAAGGUGCCUACGAGCCGGUAGGCAAGGUUGACAUCGCAGCCAUCCGAGCUCGGGCACAGAAAUCGGAUGACUCCGGCUUUUCACGACCAGAUCCAGUCUCUAGGCAGUCGACCGGUCGAUCCGAAGACCGCGAGAUACCUGCCCGGCCGCUGGCGGAGCGAUCGGCAGCCUUUUCCCACGGCCCAGAGCGUCUCACGUCUCUGCCUAAACCUAAGGUCGCCAACAAGUUUGGGGGUAGCUCGUCAUUCACCGGGACAAAGGCACCGCUCCCUGGAGGGUUUGAAACCAAGCCAGUGGCUCCUACUCCUCCUGUUGGCGCUGCCAGUAGGACCUUCGCCGAUCAAGGAGGCAAAACACCGGCGCAACUGUGGGCUGAGAGGAAGGCCCGAGAGAGAGGAUUGAGUGGAUCCGGUGAAGCACCAGUGUCUCCCAGCGGGCAUACCGGACAGUCAUCUAUAGCAACGCAGAAAAGUGGUGGCGGCGAGUGGAAGAGCGGCUAUACGGGCAAGAGUUGGGCACCAGUGCAGAUCACGCAUACCGGGCGAAGUAGCAUCGGGCAACAAUUAACCGGCGAAGCAACCAAAUCUGGGGCAGAACAGGACGAGGCUCCAACUUCUCCGGGCGGUGGUGUCGGUUCGCUACGCGACCGUUUCGGGGGGGCUCCACCGAUGGGGGCGCCUGCGACAUUCGAUCGAGCUCCACCUCCUGCUCCGGAGCCUGAUACAAGCAACAAACCCAACCGUGGCAUACCAAUACCAGGGCUACCGGGUUCACGCCCCGAGCCCGAGGAAGAAAAGGCUCCGGCACUACCCACGCCGCCUCCACAAGCGAGAAGCCCUACACCGCCUACUCCGGAAGAGCCAACUGGGUCUCCGAUCCGUGUAGCAAUGCCAGUUAGCGCUUCUGCAUUAGAAGUGACCGAUGCACAUGAAGAAAUGAUAUCCCCGCCACCAGCACUGCCCACGACGUCGCUAGCGCAAGCUCUACCCUCGUCGUCCCCAGAAGAUGAUGAACCAGAGACCGGCCCAGAUGCUGGACGUGGCGCCGCGCAGGCGGCGGCAGCCCACACUCUGGGACAAGAAGCAGUGGAUGCUGCUCCCGCAGCAGCCCCCGCGGCAGGUGGUGAACGAGCACGAGCCGAAUAUGAUUAUGAAGCGGCGGAAGACAACGAAGUGUCGCUUCGUGAAGGUAGUGAAAUCGUUACCAACAUUCAACGAGUUGAUCCGGAUUGGUGGAUCGUCACAAACGAGGCUGGACUGAGCGGACUGGUCCCUAGCAACUAUCUUACUGCGUUGGACGACGAUAAUGGUGAAGCACCGGCACCGGCACCGGCACCGGCUGCCGAAUCCAGUCCUCCGGCUCCCGAACAGUCGAACGGAGUCACAGCCAUCGCGCUCUACGACUAUGAAGCCGGCGAAGACAACGAGCUGUCGUUCCCGGAAAAUGCCAUCAUCAUCAAUGUUACAUUCCCCGACGAAGACUGGUGGCAUGGUGAGUACCAAGGACGGACGGGAUUGUUCCCGGCAAACUACACCAAGAUCAGUGAUUGA